AUGCACUUCACUAAGCGCACCGGUUGCGCCCUAUUCGCAAAUUCUGCGAAACAAUUCUCGACAACCUCCCGACGCCAAUUAUCAGGCCUCAAGAUCAACCACAACCGACUAUGGGAAACGUUGCACGAAACGUGUGAAUGGGGCGCCGCUCAUAGAUACGGCAAGAAUUCCACAGAUACCGGCAUGGCUCGUCUAACCCUGACUGAUGCCGACGCGAGUGUGCGUCGCUGGCUCGAUGAUGAAGUCAGAAAGCUGGGUUGCACGCUUCAUGUGGACCAGAUGGGCAAUUUGUUCGCAAGACAGAAAGGCCGGCUGAACUCAUCGGCGCCUAUGAUUGCCAUGGGGAGUCAUUUGGACACACAACCGCGCGGCGGUCGGUAUGAUGGAAUUCUUGGUGUAAUGGCGGCAUUGGAGGUGUUGCGAACUAUGAAGGAGAAUGGGUAUCAGACAAACCAUGAUGUCGGUUUGGUUAACUGGACUAACGAAGAAGGAGCUCGGUUCCCUAAAUCUAUGUGCUCCUCUGGCGAAGCUCCGAUUACUCUGAUUGCGGCUACGGAAGGUAAUCAUGGACGAGCUGUCGCCUUCAUUGCGAGACUACUUGAUAGCAAGGCGGAUAUCUUUGUUCCGCGGAGUAUGGGUGAUUCUACACAGCAGCUCAUCGGGAGCGAGGGCGCCCGUGUGAUUGUUGUUCAGGGUGACUAUGAUCAGGCAGUGCGAGACGCAGCAGAUGCCGCCCAGGCUCUUGACGGGGGCAUUUUGGUGCAAGAUACUGCAUUUGAUGGCUACGAAGACAUUCCCUCGUGGAUUGUAGAGGGGUACUCUACAAUGAUGAUGGAGGUCGAUGAACAGAUCGCCAAGGAAGGGCUGCAGUGUAACUUCGUUGUUACGCCUGUUGGGGUUGGCAGUCUGGCGCACGCAGUGGCGAGACACUACAAAUCUCGAGAUGCGCCCAUAUCGGUUGUGGCCGCUGAGCCGGACUCGGCGCCUUGUCUGCAUUCUAGCCUCGGAUCCGGGAAGCCAGUCGCUGUUCAAACGUCGUCGACGAUCAUGGAUGGGAUGAACUGUGGCACCGUGUCGACUACUGCGUGGUCUGAUUUGCAGAGGCUUGUUGAUGCAUGUGUCACGAUUUCUAGUCAUGAAUGUCACGCUGCGGUUGAAUACCUGGCUACGAAGUCGAUAAAGGCUGGGCCUUGUGGUGCUGCAUCGUUGGCUACCUUGAAGCGGCUUGCUGCGACGAAGGAGGCACAAACUCUUCUGAACAAAGACUCCGUGGUUGUUCUACUCAGCACUGAAGGUCCACGGCCGUAUCCCAUCCCCAAGGAAGUGUCUGCGGAAGACUCAGUCGGGCUGACACAGAUCCUUACGACAAUCAACUCCUCAAAUCCCUCACUAUCUUUGGCAGACGGCGCUGGAGAAAACCAGAUCGCAAACUACUUGGCCGCAUGGUUUGCUCACCGAGGCAUCGAACAUCACUGGAUCGAGACCGUCCCCGGGAGACCGUCAAUCGUCGGAGUCCUGCGCGGUUCCGGGGGAGGCAAGUCCUUGAUGUUCAACGGCCAUAUAGACACCGUAAGUCUCUCGAGCUACGAGAACGACCCCCUUUCGGGAACCUUGGGUGAGAAAGAUGGCCGGCAAGUUGUGUUCGGGAGAGGCUGUCUCGACAUGAAGGGAGGUCUAGCAGCAGCACUGGCAGCAGUAUCAGCCGCCAAAGCCAGCGGCAACAAUCUUCGCGGCGAUGUCAUCGUGGCUGCUGUUUCGGACGAGGAGGAUGCUUCCCAAGGCACACGUGACCUGCUGGCAGCAGGUUGGCGUGCCGAUGCCGCUGUCAUUCCUGAACCUACCAUGGGCCAAGUAGUCACAGCCCACAAGGGAUUUCUGUGGGUUGAGAUCGAUAUCCUCGGCGUUGCUGCUCACGGAUCCAACCCCGCCGCAGGACAAGACGCUAUCCUUUAUGCUGGUUGGUUCCUUCGUGCCCUUGAGCAAUAUCAACAGCAGUUGCCUGUCGAUGAUGUACUGGGCCCGGCAUCCUUUCAUUGCGGGUUGAUUCAGGGCGGCGAAGAGCCUUCCUCAUAUCCCGCGAAAUGCACUAUCACUGUUGAAUUCCGCACUAUACCCUGUCAAACGCAGGAGUCGAUCUUGGGUGACCUUAACGAUCUUUUGGAGGGUAUUGUCCGGGAGAACCCCAAAUUCCAGUACUCAGAGCCUCGCGCUACCAUGUUCCGCCCAACGCAGAAGUUGGCGAUUGAUCAUCCCUUUGUUGAGAGAGCGCUCGCUUGUGCGACUUCUGUGCUGGGGAAUACUCCUCAAGUAAGCAGUGCACCUUUCUGGUGCGAUGCGGCACUUCUCAGUGAGGUAGGAAUUCCAUCAAUAGUGUACGGCCCUAGCGGUGAGGGACUGCACAGCAAGGAGGAAUGGGUCGAAGUUGAGAGUCUGAAGCAGCAUGAGAAUGUGUUCAGAAGACUGAUUGAAGACUUUUGUCAGUGA